AUGCCGCGCGGACAUGCCGACCCCCGCCUGUGCGCCGGCGGCCAGGAUCGGGAGCGGCGCGUGUGCGACUCCGGUCGCGCUUGUCCCUUGGACGGAGGCUGGGGUCCCUGGGGACCGUGGCGCUGCGCUCGACGCUGCGGCCGCAGCCCGGGCAAGCGAACACGACGUUGCGACAACCCGACGCCGCGCUGGGACGGCCGCCCCUGCCGAGGACCGCAGUGGGAAGCCGGAUUGUGCCGCCUCGCUCCGUGCGUUGACGACCUUGCUGCUGGUGUCGCGUCCAACUUUCAAGAGUUAGCUGCACGGCUAGCUUUACGCAGACCAAAGGGGAGCAAUGCGACGCUACACUGCGCCGACGCCGGUCGACUGCGGAGUCGUUUUCCAGAGGCGACGCUGCGCUGGGAGCAUGAAGGCCAUCCGCUUUUGCUCGACCAGCGCCGUCAACUGUUCACCGGAGGACGUCUCGUACUCACUGACCUGCGGCCCGGCGACGCUGGACAGUACGCCUGCUGGAUGGAGGCUGCAGGCCGGCCGCUGCCUCCUGUGGCCCUGGUCUCCCUAACUGUGUCUGCACCUCCCAUGACUGUGACACCGGGUUCCUGCCUGACGUUGCUAUGUCGCCCUCCGCCCCCUUCGGCAGCAAAGCAACUCAAUGAGGGUCGCUUCGAGUGGCGCCACAACGGAAGCCUAAGAGCAGUCGCGCUCAGAGCUGGAAGGUGCGACUUGUUCAGAUAUCGCAAUUAG